AUGGGAGAGGCUCACCGCCAGCGUUGCGCAUUGUGUCCUGCAUCGGUGCGCUGCCUCCUGUGCGUCGCCGGGUUGGUCGUCGCGGUGCUGUCGCUGUCGCGCGGGCCGCUGAGCAUGCUGGCCAGCCCCGUCGGACUGUCCUCGCUGUCUCCCAGCCCGCUGGGCGCUCCCCUGCAGCAGCAUGAUGCCACCGGCGGAGGAGUCGUGCCGAGCCUGGGCGGCCCUGGCGCGGCGGUCUCGAAGCCUGCUCCAGCGCUCGGCGGAGGAGUUGGCCGAACGGAGCCGCAGCGUGACACUUCCGUGGAUGCUGUCAUCGCGCUGGCCGCGUACAGCAAGCCUGUGAGCUCGUUCAACCUCGCCUUCGUGAACACGCUGCGCGGCGUGGGCUUCCGCGGGAAAGGGGCCGGCGGAUUUUUGGGAGUCUGGGAGGGCACGGAAGACCCGGACGGUUACUUGGCCAAAGCCGAGGUCACCCCGAUGUAUUUGGUCCGAGCGCCUUGCAAGCUGCGCUACGAACUUGCAGCAGGUGCCAGCAAUUAUGAAAUCCGAAACGUCUGCACGGUGGAUUUCCCGCACCUGAAGUUGGAGUGGGCUCGCUUCCUCUAUGCCCGCAGGUGGCUUGAGCAGUGUUCCACAUGUACUGGGUGGGCACUACAUGCCGAUUACGGGGACGUCAACUUCCAGAGGAAUCCUUUCGGCGUCCUGCCAGACAAUGGCCAGGUGCCCUCGGACACCGUCUUCCUCACCGAGGAGAUGCAACCGCGCGUCGACGCGGAGGGCGGGCAGCGAGGAGUGACCACGAGCCACUGGUUCGUCCACAAUGCCGUCAGGACGUGCUACGGCGAGGAGGCAGCGGACAAGGUUGCCAACCACCCGAUGCUCAACGUCGCGACUACCCUCGGUCCGCGCGCGGGCAUGCUAAGGUGGCUAGGACGGAUGGAGGAGGAGUUUGAGAAGCUCUCGACCAGGGCCGAGUGCGACCCUAAUAAGAUAGCUGACCAGGCUGUCUUCAACUAUCUGGUAUACGUCCAGGACGCCAUGCCCUGGGCCAUUACAAAAAAGUACGGGGCGUGGAUCGUGAACACGAUGGGUUUGCCUUGCUCCAAUCAGCCUGGGAAGAAGCCGGACCAUUCCAUGGAGGACAUUGUGAUCAUCGACAGCGCUGGCCGCGUUUGGAACGAGGACGGGACCUUGCCAGCAGUGGUCCACCAGGGGAAGACGUGCCACAACAACUACAUGCUAAAGUUUGUCAACAGGUUCUCGGGCCAGGGCGCUCUCGGCACCUACGAUGCCGAGCUUGGCGGGUUCGCCACUGGCCGCUUCCCAGGCCCGAACCAGCCAAAGAAGCCGUGA